UGCUUGUAACUAAUUACUUAUUACAUCUAGCAUCUUUAGAAACAAACUAUACUCUCAUAUUAAUACUCAAGUAUUUUUUCAUCCAAACAUGGCAGAAGCUCCAUCCACAAACACCAAUCUCAGAUUAUCUGGAAAAAUAGCCAUAGUAACCGGAGGUGCUAGUGGUAUCGGUGAAACCACAGCGCGUGUCUUUGCUAACGAAGGCACGCGUGUGGUUGUGAUUGCCGAUAUCCAAGAUGAGCUUGGUGAACAAGUAGCCGCGUCGAUUGGUAGCCAAAGGUGCAUCUAUGUUCAUUGUGACGUGACAGACGAAGAUCAAGUUCGAAAUCUCAUUCAAUCAACGGUUAAUACUUAUGGACAGAUAGAUAUAAUGUUCAGCAAUGCUGGAAUCAUUAAUUCAACUGAUCAAACAGUGAUGGAACUUGACAUGUCGAAACUUGAUCGUUUAUUUGCUGUCAAUGUUCGAGGAAUGGCGUUGUGUGUGAAACACGCAGCGCGUGCAAUGGUGGAACAGCGUGUGAGGGGCAGCAUCGUGUGUACCGGGAGUGCUGGUGGUAGCCAUGGAGGCUCGCGUUCAACAGAUUAUAUAAUGUCAAAGCAUGCGGUAUUAGGACUAAUGCGCGCGGCCAGUAUUCAACUUGCAACACAUGGGAUAAGAGUGAACUCUGUCUCGCCGAAUGGAUUGGCUACACCAUUGACUUGUAAGUUGUUGGGGAUGAGCGAAGAGAAUGCGCAAGAGGCUUAUAAAAACUUAGCGAGGCUCGAGGGAGUGGUGCUCACGCCGAAACAUGUGGCGGAUGCGGUAUUGUUUUUGGUUUCUAAUGAGGCUGAGUUUAUUACUGGUCUUGAUCUUAGGGUUGAUGGUGGAUUUGUUUAUGGAAAAUAGUGAUUUGUGCAUGAGUAUUAAAAUGUUGAGAA